UUAGCUUUAGAGAAUCAUCCCAGAGUCGACACCAUUAUUAGUCAUUUCAUUCAUUAGAGUCCUUUAAAAUUGGGUAGUGUAAAUAGGUCAUGUAAAUAGACGUGUUAAAAUCACAAACUAACAAUAUUGUGUCGGUGGUUAAAAUACGGAAACACCGGUUUAAAAAUUUAAGCCCGUCACAGACGUUACUAUAAUUUAUAUUAAUAUAAAUCAUAGACAUAUUACAACAUAUUUUCAAUAUAAACAAACACAACAUAUUUUUAGGUAACCUUUAAUGAAAAUAAAGUUAUUGUUUAAAAAAAACAAGCUUUGAGGGGCUGCAGAAGCCACAGAUACACAUUCGUUACUGGGCUAUAUAUUGAUUUGAUUUACCAAUUCUAAGGGUAAAAGUCGGAAAAAGUACGCCUCUGCAUCUUGUACUGUUUUUACUUGUGGCUCUUUCCAUACAUGUACUAUAUUCUAUACCGCCUCCCGAUUUUAAAAAAUCGGACCUGGCAACACUGGUCGGUAGUGUUCGGUUCGGUAAUAAAAAAAGUUCGGUUCGUAUGAAAUCAUCGUCUGGUUUUCUGUAGCACAGCAGCAGACAUGCCGAAGAAAUUUGCUGGAGAAAAUAGCAAAGCAGUCGCUGCAAGGCAGCGCAAAGAAGAUGCUAAACAGGAGAAGGAACAGAAAACAAAGAAAAUGAUAGAAGAUGCGCAGUGGGAGGAUGAUGAUGAAAAACUGAAGAAAAAACAGCAAAAAAAGGAGGAACAAGAGAAAAAAAGGCAAGAGCAGUUACAGAAAAAAGCUGAAGCAAAAGCGUUAUUGGAAAAAGAAUUAGAUUCAAUUAAAGGAAAUACAAAAGCACCUCCUCCACCAAAGAUUACUAGAGCCCAGAUUUCACAAGUUAAGGAAAAAAUCAACAAAGCUGAACCUGUGAAAUCUCAGCCUUCACGGGUGGUUAUAGAAGAACCCCCUCUAGAAGAGAAUCUCAACCGAAUUCAGUUGGAUGGAGAAGUUGCUCAAACAGUUGAUGAGGCUAUCUCACUCCUGAGUGAACAGUCUGAUGUUGAUAAACAUCCUGAAAAACGUCUCAAAGCUGCAUACACCGCUUAUGAAACAGUACAACUUCCUAGGUUAAAAGCUGAGAACCCUACUCUUAGAUUGUCACAACUUAAACAAAUGCUAAGAAAAGAAUGGCUGAAGUCACCACAAAAUCCAAUUAAUCAAAAAGUGUAAAUUUCUCUUAAAUUAGAAUAUGAAGUAAAUUGCAACACAAAAGUGGCCAGAAGUUUCCAUAAGCAGCUUUCCCCUCCUAAAGGUGUAUGACCAGUUGGUUAUAUGCAUUACGCCAAAAGUACAUUUAUAAAAUAAAAUGCCACGUCCUGCCUAGCACUAUAGGGAAGACUGACAAAUAAAUAAAAGCAGUUUAAUUUGGCUCAUUUUUAUAGUGGAGAGGUAUACCCUUGCGGCCUGCUUCAGCUUUUUUAACUUCAGUUUCACCCAACAUUUGCUCUAAACCUUUCCAAGACCUGCUUUCAAGAUUGUUCCCAAUAUUUUCUAGGGCCCAAUUUUGUUUUUUAUCCAAUUCCAUUGUGGAUUCUUGCCUGUGGUCCACUUUAGUCUCCCUUAUCUUGCCUGUAAUGAGGCUAACAUCUGUGAUUUCCUUGAUACAAUCAAUAUCACAGUGAUGUCGAUUUCCAGUGAGUAACUCAUCAUAAUCUGUGAUAUGUGUUGUAAAAUAUGGAUCCCUUUUAGAGUUCAAAGCUACUUCUAAUUCAUAAGGGUAAACAAUAGGUUUGUAGAACUCUCUGCUAUUAUACAAAUCAUUUUCUGGACAUGCUAUCAUUGUAUAUAUAUCUAUCUGGAAAAUUAAGACAAUGUAUUGAGUCACAGUCUGUAGUUGUUAUCAAUUUUGUGGCCAAGUCACACAAAUUAUGACAAAGUAAAAUAUGAUAUUUUUUUGAUUUACAACAAUAUGACUAUAAUUGCUAUUUCUUCUUUCAAAUGUUAAAUACUUGCAAAGGUAUUCAUUUGACAUUGUGGGUUAGCUCGGAGAUAAUGUUGCCUUGAAGCCUAAGAAAUACUAGAAGAAAUUCGACACGGCCAUUAGGGCCGCGGUAGCAUAGUCGGUCAGUGCAUCCGCUCCAAUAGUGGAGGGUUGGGUCCCGUCUGCUGCAUGACCCACUUCGAUUUUUUUCUAUUAAAAUUUUCUAUAGAGAUGAUAUCGACAGUGGAAAGCAAAAUCACUUAUACGCCCCUUUGGUACUGCUUAAAAAAAUAUCUUUAAGUAAAAAGAGGUUAAUUUUCAAGCAAAUCUAAACUGGCUGUCAUAUUAAAAAGGGGUUUUUACAAGACCCAAGGGGUGGUGCAAGAACCCAAGCCAACCUCACCUUCGCGUGGUGCACCCUGAUGACCAACAGACACAGAGAAUCUGGCAAACCGACCGAUGGCAGUUUAACUAUCCAAGGACGUAGGGGAAGGAAAUCUCACUGGUGACGGGCAGCAGCGUCAUCAGUGAAUUAACCUAUGUUCUGCGAUCGCCAACCCGCUUGCCCAGCGUGGCGAUUACGGGCAAUACCUUUAAAUGCACUGAAAACAAGCCGCGGCCCCCAGUUCCCGGCAGCCCCGCUAUUCCUGGUCACAAUGGCGACCACGGUAACGGCGGGGCCAAGAAUCUCCGGGCUACGAGAGGCCACCACGAUGGACUGACCCUGGAGACGUACAACGGACGCACGCUACGGCUUGACUCGCAGCUGGUGCAACUCGAUGUGAAACUUGAGAAGAUUAGGUGGCACAUUCUAGGGUUAAGUGAAGUCCGAAGAGAGGGGGAGGGCACCAUAGCCCUCGAAUCGGGUCACCUAAUGUACUUCCGUGAGGGAAACCAACAGUCCCAAGGUGGCGUUGGGUUUUUGGUAAUUAAGUCCCUUGCCGAUAACUUUGUAGAAAAGUCCAGCGUGUCGAACAGGGUAGUGUACCUUAUUAUAAAGCUCACCGAGAGGUAUAGCCUCAAGGUGGUGCAAAUGUACGCACCGACCUCGACACACUCGGGACGACGAAGUGGAGUAUAUGUUCGAUGAUAUAUCGAAGGCCCUCCACUCCACUACUAAGACCCACUACAACGAUAUUAUGGGGGACUUCAACGCUGAAGUGGGAGUACAGAAUUGCAACGAAUCGGUAGUAGGAUCCUAUGGAUUUGGAAGCAGAAAUCAUCGGGGGCAAAUGCUCCUCAACUUCCUCAAACGGGAGGGGCUCUUCUUGAUGAACUCCUUCUUCAAAAAACAGCCCCAAAGGAAGUGGACGUGGCGAAGCCCCGAUGCUAUGACUAAAAAUGAGAUCGAUUUCAUUAUGACGGACAAGAGAUACAUAUUCAGAGACGUCUCUGUGAUCAACAGGUUCAAUACCGGUAGUGACCACCGACUCAUCCGGGGCUUUCUGAAUAUCAACUUUAAAGCCGAGCGCGUCCGUUUGAACAAAUAAAGGAUCUGAAUCGUUCCAGUCAAAUCUGGAGAGCCGAUUUGCUGCCGUGGAAACCACAUCAGAUCCCCCUCUCGGGGGAUGAUCGCUUCAGAUGAAGCUUGUAAGGCCCUUCUGGCCAUAAGCAUGAUUAAAGGGUGUUUUUUAGUCAGUAAGAGUCUGACAUAACCUUACAGCCGGCUGUAGGGUAUCCAUGAGGAUUUCUCACCCUCUCCCCCGCCUGGGAGGAAACAAAAAAAGCGUAAACCAAAACCUCGAAAAUGUGGUUCGAAUCCUCAGGGAAGAGGGCUCAAAUACUCUUUCGAUCGAGAAGGCGAUCUAGCAGAAUCGAGGGUCCAAAGUGUUCGUACAAUCUCUUGGAAGAAGCCAUCUGACGAAGUUGACCACAGCAAGUGGGGAAGUUGUUUGCUUCAAAGCCGGCAGUCCUUUCGGAAGUGGAAGACUUCUACGGCCAAUUAUACGCAUCACAUGCAUCUCGACCCGAUCCCGGAAAUGAGGAUUCUAGAGACACAUUAACUCGCCACUUCACCGAAGACCUGCCAGAAGUCAGGAUUGGCGAAAUCGAGAUUGCUCUUGGGCAGCUUAAAAAUGGAAAAGCCCUGGACAGGAUGGUGUUACAGCAGAACUCUUAAAAGCUGGAGGUAAACCCGUACUGAGGGAGCUCCAAAAGCUUUUUAACACUGUUCUGUUCGAAGGGAGAACUCCGGAGGCGUGGAGUACGAGUGUGGUCGUCUUGUUCUUUAAAAAGGGAGACAAGAUCCUACUUAAGAACUAUCGACCCAUAUCCCUUCUAAGCCACGUCUUUAAGCUGUUCUCAAGAGUCAUCGCGAACCGCCUUGCGCGAAGACUUGAUGACUUCCAACCACCGGAACAGGCUGGGUUUCGGAGCGGAUACGGCACCAUAGACCACAUCCACACAGUGCGGCAGAUUAUACAGAAGACUGAAGAGUACAAUCAGCCCCUGUGCCUAGCAUUUAUGGACUAUGAGAAGGCCUUUGACUCGAUUGAAAUCUGGUCUGUCCUGGAGUUCCUGCAGCGUUGCCAAGUCGACUGGCAAUACAUCCAAGUGAUUAAUAGUCUCUACGAAGCCGCCACUAUGUCGGUCCAAGUAAAGAAUCAGAAUCAAAUCCCAUACCGUUGCAUCGUUGAGUGAGACAAGGGGACGUUAUUUCCCCGAAACUGUUCACUAAUGCAAUGGAGGAUAUUUUUAAGAGGCUGAACUGGAAAGGACGUGGCAUUAACAUAAAUAACGAACGCAUCUCUCACUUACGAUUUGCAGACGACAUCGUCAUCAUGGCAAAAACCCUGCAGGAUCUACAACAGAUGCUGAAUGACCUGGCUGACUCUUCUAUACGCAUUGGCCUACGGAUGAACUUAGAUAAAACCAAGGUCAUGUUCAAUGAACAUGUUCUACCGGAACCGAUUGCAAUACACGGUGCCGUUCUCGAAGAUGUUCAAAAAUAUGUGUCUCUCGGGCAGACAUUGCAGUUAGGUAGAAACAAAUUUGAAGACGAGGUGAAUAGAAGAAUUCAACUGGGUAAGGCAGCGUUUGGGAAGCUACGUCGGAUCUUGACAUCGUCGAUCCCACAGUGUCUAAAGACGAAAGUCUUCAAUCAGUGCGUCCUACCUGUGAUGACAUACGGAGCCGAAAUGUGGACACUGACGAUACGGCUGGUCCAUGAGUUCAAAGUCGCUCAGCGCGCUAUGGAAAGGGCUAUAUGCUCGGCGUUUCUCUGAAAGAUCGCAUCAGAAAUGAGGUGAUCUGACAGAGAACCAAAGUUAUCGACAUAGCCCAUUGAAUAAGCAAGUUGAAGUGGCAGUGGGCUGGCCAUAUUUGCCGCAGAACCGAUAACUGUUGGGGUACUUGAGUUCUGGAGAGGAGAGCGCAUCUAGGCAAACGAAGUGUAGGACGUCCUACACAGUGCCACAGUGGAGUGACGAUUUGCGCAGGGUGGCUGGCAGGAGCUGGAUGCGAGUAGUCCAAGAUCGACCUUAGUGACGUGCAAUUGGAGAGGCCUAUGUCCAGCAGUGGACUAAUGUAGGCUGUUGAUGAUGAUGAUGAUGAAGGGUAAACAAGACUCGUUUGAUUUAAUAUAAAAUAAAAAAGUUAAAAGGUGUCUCAUUGUUGAGAACUGCUUCUCUAUUUGUGUUAAAACAGAUGUUAUUUUUCAUAGCAACCUAAAUAUGAAAUUCUUACCUCUGGAAAAUUUGCUAAUUUGGCAACAUUUGGCUUUCCUACUGAUACAAUGUAGCUUUUCUUGCCAUUGAUGCGACAUAGCUGCUUCAUUCUAUUUAUAAUAUCUUUAGUCUGUUCACCAGCCAGCUUACAAAUCAGAAUACCAAUAACAUCGGCAUCCUUACACUUUUCAACCAAGAAGCGUCUACGUUUAAUCCAAUGUGCUUCUUCCAUGUGCUCUAAUUUCAUCUUUUCAGGGUCCAAAAGAUACCAACUCUUGGCUGUGAUAAAGAAAGAAAAUUAUAAUCAGUCUCACUCUUUUCUAAAACAAAUAUUCACAAUUUUAAAAUUUUGUGUUAAGACAUAUACCACAUGCCAUAUAAUUAAAUUCGUAUAUUUCAAUACCUGCAAUAGAAAUGGCCAAAUUAAACAUUGUUUGUCCUCUGGAACCAAUAUACACACAAGUACAGUCUUUGAGAACAUCCACCACAUAUAUCUGACCAGUAGCAUCUUUGAGAAGUCGGCCUAAGAAUCUAUCUUUGUGUUCUUCUUUUUCAAUGUAACCAAUGUAGCUUCCGGGGUAACUUUGGAACCAAAGUUUCUUUAAAUUUUCUGUCAUAAAAAUGAUAUCAAAAUUAUUAGAGUAUCUACAUAUCAAACAAAAUCAUUUGUUAAAAUUUUAACUUAAAGAAAUACCUUUGCAAUGAUCAAAUUCUGCUCCAUAAAGUAGACAGACUUUGGUAUCUUUAAGUGUCUGUAGAUUCUCUGUGAUAAUUUUUAUGGUUUUAUCAAUAUUUAAUUCUGCUUUUGGUAGUACAAUGUAAACAGGAAUGUUGGUUUUGGAGAAACAGGUGUGGCCAUAGUGAACAACUGCAUCAGAUUUCACAUGCAUUGCUGCUACAGUAUCAAUACAACAACUGCGAAACAUAAAUUUAUGCACAGAUCAUAAUUUUAAACAGUAUAAUAAAACAAGUGACCUUUAUCGUGAGAGCUAUUUAACUAUGGUAUUGUUAACAUUAUUUGGCAAAUGUCUAUAAUUGUAGUCAGUCUCUAUAAGCACAUUUUAAUGACUUUCUACUUGGAAAUGAAAUUCCCUAAUGGUUCUUACAAAUUAGAAAAUAUCUUCAAGUAUCUUUAGUAUGAUAGGUAUAAUGAUACCUGGCGUAUGAUGUGUCUCCAAGUACGUAUAAAUCGGCAUCAAUUCUUUUCCUUAGUUCAUCAUAAAUUAUAGUGCUAGCUGGCAAUAAUUCAUCAGGAAAUUGAAGUGAAAUCUGUGAAUUUGUAAAGCUUCAAUAUUUCACUUUCAUCAAAUACUUAAGUAAACAUAAUAAACAUUUAAAUAUUUAGUUACCUUCGUAAACUUAUUAUCUGCUAUCCAUUUGCAAGUUCCUUCGAUAUCAAAAGUUAAAAGCAAGUCACUAUAGUCGUGUUGUUCGAUAUGUAUCUCACGAUCUAUACAUAAUUUGCUGUCUGUUGUAAAAUUUGCCAUUUUAGAAAAAACAAAUUUAAUUAAGUUAUGUAGCUAUCCACUAUCCAAAGUUAAGUAUCGCAAAGCAUGCAAACCUCGUGCCUGUGUACAAGUACAACUCAAAAUCAAACGAUUGCAAAGCGGAGAUUUGUUUUCACGUAAAAGUCCUUGGGUAAAAGUCUGACUUUGACAUGUAGAGCUGUAACAAACCGUAUGUAUUCGUUACCAAGUAACGGGUACAUCACCUGACUUCAAGUAACGAAUCGUUACUAAUACAUUUCGUUACUCGUAUGUGAUGUGCUGUACCCUUAGUACUAGUUUGAGCUCACGAAAACAGCUAUCAUAGUUUUCGUAGUAAUUGUAAAACUCGCACUAAGGGUAAUAAUGAUGUCAAUUCGAUUCUGUGUACGGACGUACGAAUUCAACUGCGCAUGUAACAUUGAUGCUUGAAUUGAAUCAGUUUGCUCAUCUUGCGUUGUAUCAUCUUAAGUUUCGUGAUGAACAAAUACUUAUUAUUGUUCGUUGAAUAGAAUGUGAAUGAAACAUACAUAAGAAUGAAUGGAUUAAGUGACUGGAAUGAGUUCAGUUCAGUUACGUUUUGUGCGUCGCCGGAGCGGCCACUGUACUACACUUGUUAAAAUUACAUUACAGAAAUACUGUUCAUCAAAAAUAUCCAGUGUGGCUUCAUUUACUGCAAACCCAGCGACCGCCACAGAAUGUAUUUAAACACUCGUUACGAAAAAUUAUUGUUUAAACAACAACAAAUAUGUAUACUGCAAGAGGUCAACAGUUAAAAAAUAAGUAUUAUGAAUGUGAUGACAGUUGGACUUCAAUCUAGUAUACUAUUAUAAGUAUAGUAACUAAGGAAAGUGAUUAGACAAAGUUUGAAGCUGAAAUUGAAAUUUAAACGUACAACGUCAUAUUAUAUAUAACUCGACUCGACACGAUCAAUGCAGUGCUUUACACUAGUAUCGAAAGUAACGAGUAUUGAUUUUAUAGUAACGAAUACAUACGAGUAUCAAAUAUCUCGUUACUUUACAGCUCUAUUGACAUGACAUGCUUGCUUUUUUUAAGUUUUACGGCCGUGAGUUUCUCUAUUUCGGCUAUAUUUUUUUUAGGAUUCUCCCGUUUUAGGGAAGGCAAAGGGAAAAAUGCCCAUACAGCCUGGUCUUUAGUUAUAAAUCUUCUUUUUUUUACACUACAAUGUUGGUGUAACACAUUCUAAUGCUUCUUGGAGCGUUUGGCACGAAAUGUAUCGAGUCAGCUUUCUCGAAAAGUCAACACUACAAUAAAUCUCACAAUCACUAUAGCGAAUAUUUUAGAUUCCGUUAACUCUUCAGUUGCACAGACGAUUUUAACACAAUCACAUCAAUUUUAUUUCACAAUAUCCACUAUCAUCAUCAUGUCAGCCGUACGACGCCCACUGCUGAGCAUAAGCCUCCCCCAAGGAUCUCCACACCGAUCGGUCCUACGCCACUCGCAUCCAUCGGCUUCCCGCGACCUUCACAAGAUCGUCGGUCCACCUUGUAGGGGUCUGCCCACUGAGCGUAGUCCGGUCGUGGUCACCAUUUCAGAACCUUUCCACCCCAAAGGCUAUCGGUUCUUCUUGCUAUGUGUCCCGCCCACUGCCGCUUCAGCAGAGCCAUCGUUCGAGCGAUAUCGGUUACCUACUUUCAGUGCCGUCUUUGACCUAUUGGAGGCCCUGGGCAUAUUAGAAUAAUGGAGCCCCUAUGAGUUCCGUUUGGUGAUUUAACAGGAACUAGGGAGUUUGUAUUUGAUCUAUCGCGGGGCCUUGGGCACUUGCCCAAAGUGCCCACUGGGAAAGACGGGUCUGCCUACUUUGGUUCUCCUACAGAUUUCUUCAUUUCUGAUUCUAUCGCGUAGGGAAACACCGAGCUUAGCUCUCUCCAUUGCUCGUUGAGUGACCUUGAGCCUUCUUAUGAGCCCCGCAGUAAAGGACCACUUCUCGCUUCCGUAGGUCAUCACUGGCAACACACACUGGUCAAAAACUUUUUAGACUGAGAGCCAGUGAUCCGCAGACUUACGGUAUAGUAGCAAACUUCAUAUUAAUUCUAAUUAUACUUAUUCAUCUACUGUAGAUCAAAUGGUGGUUCACUAUUUCCAUAGAGAGUUCCUUUAGGCGUGCCGAGAAGUCGAAAAGCAUGAAAAUCGAAUAGCUAGCACAUAGUCGCAACACAGCAGAUAAGUGGUGCAGUUCCACCAUUAGACUUCUUGUUUUUAUUUGUGUCAAUGAUUUGAAUUAAUUAAUGUGGUAUUUACUAUGUAUAGGUCGGGCGACCAUGCUAGAAAUACAGUUUUCGCAAGAGCAGAUCAUCACUUUUGUGAAAUAGCAAAUAAAAGGCAGAACUAUUAAAAAUACUUUUAUACAUUUUAAAUUACCUUAGGGUACUAAAGUGAUAGGAUGUUGAAUAUUAUGAUCUUGUUCAAAUAUAAUAGGGAUGAUGACAAAUUUUUUUUUCUUCGUUUAUCAGGUAGAUUAUCAAAAAGUAUUAGUACACAUAUUUUUUCUUUUUUCACAUAAGUGAAAAUUCACUCAAAAGUGACAUCACGAGCCCCUACUCCCAAACUUUGAUGCACUAUAACUUUGUCAUUUUUUGGUUGAUUGCCCAAAGAAAAAAUAUGUGUCCAUUAUUUUUUGAUCAUCUAACUGACGGACUAAAUAGAAUUUCGUUUACUGUACCCCGUCAUCACCCCUAUUGUAUGUGUAUUAUCUAAUACCCCUCAUCAUUGAUAGUGAUGGUAUACUGAGGAUAGGCAUCUUUAACAAGCUUGGCAGUUAUUUCAUGGUCUGCUUUUCCAUAACCUUGAGAGUACCCAUAGAUGUGGAUUUUUUUAUUGUCUGGUUCAUGUGAAAUUCUUCCUCCUCCUAAAGGCUCACAAUCUAAUGGCUGAAGUUUUUCUUGUACCUAAUAAUAA